AUGGGGUCGCAAGCGGCUGCGAACGCAGUAGCGGCCUCCUUUUCUACUACGGUUGCAAACGCUGCUGCCCCGCAACCCGUCGCCUUCAAUGCGUCAGGCUGGCUAGGGAUCGAUGGAAACUGGUCGACGUAUGCUUUCCUCAUCGGAGACAACAGUCCCGUCAACGUAUUUUUCAGCACAACGCUAUCCGAAAUCUGGGUCGUUGGCCCUGACGGAUGUCCCAAAGGCAAUUCUCUGUGCGCUACUUCUCGAGGCGGCAUAUACGACCCGGCCAAGUCGAAACAAUGGUCCGGCUUGGGCAUGUGGCAACUGGGACUUCCAGAUAUGGUGACCGCGGGAAGCGGACAGUAUGGCUUCGACUCAAUCGCGGCAAGCAGUCGGAUUACCAACGUUAGGUUCAGCAUGUCCAACGUGCUUCUGUCGGCCAUUUCUUCCACGGAUUAUUUCCUCGGCUACUUUGGUGUUGGUCUUCGCUCUGGCAACUUUGGCGACGUUGUUGCCUCACCUCCGUUGCGACAGGCUGUAGCGUCUUUUGGAUGGAUCCCGAGUUACAGCUACGGAUACACUGCCGGCGCCUCCUAUCGCGGCAUAGUAGGAUCGGCAACUCUAGGCGGUUAUGAUUCAGCUAGGUUUGCUCCUCACGACACGACCUUUACCAUGAAUCAAACCGAAGGCAUUCCCCGACCUCUUGUCCGAGGAAUCCAGGUCGCCGCCGUAAAUGGCAGCAGGCCGGCGGCCUGGAAAUCGGAGACGAUGACCUUGCUGCAAUAUAACAAUUCCUUCACUGCCGUCAUAGACACCACGACGCCCUACCUCUGGCUCCCCCCGACAGUGUGCGAUAGAUUUGCCAGAGCGCUCAACCUGACGUACAACAAUACCUAUUCCUUGUAUACGUUAACGAAUGACCAAUAUCGCCAAUACUCGUCCGACGACUUCUCAAUGGCCUUCACCUUCAGCCUAUCGAGCGAGGAUAAUCGUGACAACUUUGGACUUCCUCUCCACGUACCCGGCGUGGUCAACAUUACUGUCCCUAUCCGGGCAUUUGUCAGUCUGCUCGAGUACCCCUUCAUGAACUCAACCAUAGCGUAUGGUACGCCCGCCGUGCCCUAUUUCACCCUUCGCAGAGCGCCCGAUGACACCUUCAUCAUUGGCAACGCCUUUAUGCAGGAAGCCUACCUAAUCACCCAAUACGACUCUGGAAUCUUCUCCAUCCACCAAGCGCGAUUCCCCGCUGACGCCAUUGGAGGGGCGCAACUACAGGCCAUCAGACAACCCAGCAACAGCCCAUAUCCCGCGCCCCCGAACCCCAGCACCGGGAACGGGCUCUCAGCAGGACCAAUAGCUGGGAUCGUGGUCGGUUCCGUGGCCCUGUGCUCCAUUUUUCUCCUUGCAUUCCUCUGCUACAGGCGACGACGCCAGCGCCAGCAACGACAGAGAUCCGGGCACCGACUAGAUGACGGCAAGGAUGCCAGCUCGACCCUUACCCCCAGCCCACCCAAAAGUCUAGUGUACCGAGUGCUGUCGAGAACUUUUGGAAUGUUUUGUCGACACCGCCGAACCGGAGCAGCUUCCAGAUCGGGGGCCGGCGGUGGCAACCCAUUUGAGGCUCCUGAUUGCCAAAUCUACGAACUCCCCGCGCCCUCUUCACCAGCCGAGCUGGACGCGUUGGAUGCAGGAGGCGACGACGACUACUCGGUGCUUGGUGAUACCGACCUCGGCACCGACUCGACGCAACACCUGAGUGCCUACGAGGUUGCGAGGAGGAAACUGGACCGCCAGCUCCAAGGGCCGGUACCGGAAUAUUUGCCGCCCACCCAAAUGGUGCUGCUGCCCCCGGAAAAGAUGCCGAUUCCCGAUGUUGCACUGGAAGAUCGGACGUCGGCGACGCAUCAGCAACCGUCGCCCGUGUCGCCCCCGCUGCUUUGCGCCGACUCGACUUCGAGCACCUUUGUCACGUCGGAACCGUCACCAAUCUCGCACCGGGAAGGAGACUGGAGCUUGGCCGAGCUCCCGUCCCCACUCACCACCAACUCGAAUGCCCCUUCGUCGCGCUCCUCCGGAACCCGAACCGGCGGAGGGUAUUCGACGGCCGGUUCGCCGUCGGCCCCAGCCCCCGACGGCACUUCGCCAAGCCCUGCCGCCGUGCAGCGGACGCCAAUCGACCCGUCGCGAGUGGUAUGUCUGGGGCCGCUGCCUGGAAAUGUUCCGCUGCCAGGACAGAACAUCGGGACGGCGUCACGCAUAGUCGGACCCGACGGACGCAGCACGCCAGUCGGCGCCAUGUUGGCGGCAGGCUCCCGCCACUCCGACGACAGUCUUGGCAGCGACUUCACAGACGACGAGGGCAUGGCGGGAGCCGAAGAAGCACGCCGACACCAGGCUGCGCCCCCAGGCCAGCCCGGCAAUGUGGAGGACGGGAACAGGCCCGUCGACGCCGAAUCCAGCGAUGCAGACGUGGUUUCCGAAACGGGACGCAUCGACCCUGGCCGGGAUUUGAUCCACGUGCCGCAGCUGGCCGAGAGGCGUUACAGCUGGGAGGAAGAGCGACCGGAGCAUCCGCAACAGAAACCCCAAUAG